AUCCGAUCCGCCCACUCAAGCGCGCGACACACAUUCUGCACGUUCCACAUGCGCUUCAGGUGCGCUCGCAUAGUCUCGCGCUCGUCCCUCACACAGAGCGAUCAUAAGAGCAGUGCAGAGCCCACCAAACAGACCAUAUCUUCUGCAUGAUGUGCCAUUAUUUAUCCGUCUUUUGAAGGACGAGGAUGUGCCAUUAGAGAUCACUUUAAAAAAAAAACUUCCUUUAAUUUGAAUGCACCAAGCUCAGGAUAAAAUGCCGUUUCUUCAGCUUGCACUGGACACGCAGUUGGAGACUUUGGCAGCCGAGCAAGUGGUGCCGGCUCUGUUGGACAGAGGAUUCUUUUACGUGGAUAAUUUUCUGGGGGACAUAGCGGGACACAUGGUUCUGGGUCAGGUCAAACGCAUGCAUUGCUGUGGGCUUCUCAACGAUGGGCAGCUGGCCGGCCGAAGCAAUGGAGUUUCCCGGAGAAACAUCAGAGGGGAUAAAACAACAUGGGUUAACGGGACCGAGAGGGGCACGGAGGCUGUCAACUUCUUAUUAACACUCAUAGACAAACUCAUUUCUUUAUGUGUGGGUCACCUCGGCAAAAGUAUUCGUGCAAGGUCAAAGGCAAUGGUGGCUUGUUAUCCAGGAAACGGAGCCGGAUACGUGAAACAUGUAGAUAACCCUAAUGCAGAUGGCCGCUGUGUCACCUGUAUUUACUACCUGAAUAAAAACUGGAAUGCCAAGGAGCAUGGCGGAUUGCUACGGAUCUUUCCUGAAGGGAAAUCUUACGUAGCCGACAUCGAGCCUUUGUUUGAUCGACUUCUGCUUUUCUGGUCAGAUCGUAGGAACCCUCAUGAAGUUCAGCCGUCGUAUGCUACAAGGUAUGCAAUCACUGUGUGGUACUUUGAUUCAGAGGAAAGAGCUGAAGCAAAAAGAAAAUUUAGAGAUCUGACAGCCACCUCACAGGAAGGUUCAUCAUCUUAACAUCAUCUUAACUAGCCUGUCUCCUCUGGGAGGAUUUCUUUUGUCUAUUGUCUUAUUUCUUUGCUAUUUUUUUCUAUUUUUGAAUUGCUUGUUGCACGGUACCUCUCCCUCCACGUUGUAUACUUGGAUCCGGUCCUUACAAUCAGUGAAGUCGUUUGAAUAACACGCUGCUAAUGUAAAGACAAUUUUGUGAUAAAAUGUAUAAUCUUAAUUCUGAUUAAUGAACUAUUAGAUGUUUACUGUAAUCAAAUCGUUCUUUAUUAAAAACCUUUUCAGAGCAAUAUGGUCUAUUUAAAGAAACUAAAUAAAUGAUAGAUGAGAUAAGAAAUAUUGAUUGUUAGUUUUAGAAAUGUCAACAAGCAUUAUACAUAUUUUUCUUUUGAUGCUUGUCCCUUUUUGUUAUAUGCUGUUUUUAUGUUUGUGGCAUAUAUUUUUUAUUAUUUGCUUUAUUAAUGAACACUUCAAUAGAAAGGAAAUUUGAGACUUGUCAGUUAGUAUUAGCAUUGCUUUUGAAUGACAUUUUUGAUGUUGAAUGAGACCUUCAAAUAGAGAUGUUUAUAAAAGUCAUUCUGUGUUCACAAAAAGGUUUUUUAAAAAGCACUUAGUGAAAUGAUAUUACUUUAUUUGUUCAGCCUUGUGGCUUAAUGUUCAAUGAGAGAAUUGAAUCAGCUUGCAUGCAGGUCAGCAAUGCUGUUCAACCACACCCUUGGAUUAAUAUUUGACAGUUGUUUCAUAAAACUUACAGCUUUAUAAAAUAAACUUGAAAUGUGUGAACAGUUUGUUCAUGUACUGCACACAAAGUGAGACCUUCAACUAUUUGAAAUGGCCAAAUUUGAAAGUGUUGAAAUGUUUUCUAUAAUUGUUUGUAUUACAUUGUUUUGUUCCGGUAAUACAUUUUUCAUUUGGCCAUAAUUUAACACUAUUGAUGUUGUGUCCUCGUUUACUGUCUUUGGACAUUUACCGGAGAUAUACUACCAGCCUUUUGAUCCAUUUUAUCACAUAAAGAUAAAAAAAAUCUAAAGGCAUUUUGUUUAUUUACAAGAAUAAAUGUUUCUUUAUUUUC